AUGAAUUCAUCAAUACGACUUCAAAAUGAAUUUUCAAAUAUACAAAGAUCAUUGGAGUACGGGUGCUAUGUAAAACCAAGAAAGUUAAAUUUCAACAUAUGGGAUGUUCAAAUAUCUAAAGAUGGUUAUUUUUUUAAGCUUACAAUGAAGUUUCCCAAGCAAUAUCCAAACACACCACCUGAGGUUAAAUUUAAUUCAAAGAUGUUUAAUCCGAAUGUUUAUGGUGAUGGAAUGGUAUGCUUAGAUUUAAUUGGUCACAAGUGGAAGCCAACACUUACGGUGUUAGAUAUUAUCAAAGGUUUAUUGAGAUUAUUAGAUGAUCCUAACCCUGAAAGUCCUGCAAAUUCACGAGCUGCAAAGUUAUUUUCUUCUAAAAGCAGUGAGUACUUAAGUAAAGUUAAAGAACUUAAUAACAAAUUUAAUUCAAAAUACAAGAUUUUUGAUAAGUUAUCCUUUGAAUAA